AUGGACGACCACUACAAUUCCAUCUCGAGCAACAAAGACGAGAAAGUGGAUGGGAAUAAUUCGUUUCAGAGGCGAGACUCGAUCAUGAAGAACAGCACGGGAAGUCAGAAGAUGAAAGACCACCGCAACUCGGUGGGCUUGAAGGGAGACCGGGAAGACACCACGGUCGGUUUUGACAAUUUAGAGUCCGAGCAGGCGGCUCGACAGUACGGGUUCAUACAGCGGCAGUUCGCGUCGCUGCUGCAGCCCGGGGUGAAUAAGUUCUCCCUGCGAAUGUUUGGAAGUCAGAAAGCCGUGGAGAAGGAACAGAAAAGGGUGCAAACGGCCGGAAUCUGGAUCAUCCACCCCUAUAGCGAUUUUAGGUUCUACUGGGACUUGAUCAUGCUCGUCAUGAUGAUGGGGAAUCUGGUGAUCAUUCCUGUGGGAAUAACGUUCUUCUCCGAGCAAACCUCACCCACAUGGCUUAUCUUCAACGUGGCCUCUGACACCAUCUUCUUGGUGGACCUGGUCAUGAACUUUCGCACAGGGAUUGUGAACGAGGAAAGCUCGGAGAUCAUCUUGGACCCUAAGAUCAUUAAGAUGACCUACCUGAAGAGCUGGUUCGUGGUGGACCUUCUCUCUUCCAUCCCGGUGGAUUAUAUCUUCCUGAUUGUGGAGAAAGGCUUUGACUCAGACGUGUACAAGACGGCACGUGCUCUGCGCAUAGUGCGCUUCACUAAAAUCCUCAGUCUGCUUCGUCUGCUUCGUCUGUCUCGUCUCAUCAGAUACAUCCACCAGUGGGAGGAGCUCUUCCACAUGACCUAUGACCUGGCAAGUGCGGUGGUGAGGAUCUUCAAUCUGAUUGGGAUGAUGCUGUUGCUGUGUCACUGGGACGGCUGUCUGCAGUUCCUGGUGCCACUCCUCCAGGACUUCCCCCCAGACUGCUGGGUGUCCCUAAACCAAAUGGUGAACUCGUCCUGGGGGACGCAGUACUCCUACGCCCUGUUUAAGGCCAUGAGUCACAUGCUGUGUAUCGGCUACGGCGCCCGUGCCCCGGUCAGCAUGUCCGACCUGUGGAUUACAAUGCUCAGUAUGAUUGUGGGUGCCACCUGCUACGCCAUGUUCGUCGGCCACGCCACCGCGCUCAUCCAGUCCCUUGACUCCUCUCGGAGACAGUACCAGGAGAAGUAUAAACAAGUGGAGCAGUAUAUGUCUUUCCACAAGCUCCCAGCUGAGAUGCGUCAGAAGAUCCAUGACUACUAUGAGCACCGAUACCAGGGCAAAAUCUUUGAUGAGGAGAACAUCCUGAAUGAACUCAACGACCCUCUCAAAGAGGAGAUUGUGAACUUCAACUGCCGUAAGCUGGUAGCCACCAUGCCCCUUUUCGCCAACGCCGACCCGAACUUUGUGACAGGGAUGCUGAGCAAGCUGAAAUUCGAGGUGUUCCAGCCCAACGAUUACAUCAUCCGCGAGGGUACCGUGGGCAAGAAGAUGUACUUCAUCCAGCACGGCGUAGCGAGCGUCAUCACAAAGCACAACAAGGAGAUGAAGCUCACAGACGGCUCCUACUUCGGAGAGAUCUGCCUGCUGACUAAGGGGCGCCGUACAGCCAGCGUGCGUGCUGACACCUACUGCCGCCUGUUCUCGCUGUCUGUGGACCACUUCAACGAGGUGCUGGAAGAGUACCCCAUGAUGCGGCGUGCCUUCGAAACUGUGGCCAUCGACCGCCUGGACCGCAUCGGGAAGAAGAACUCCUUGCUGCUGCAGAAAUUCCAGAAGGACAUGAACGCCGGGGUCUUCAACACUCAGGAGAACGAGUUACUGAAACAGAUCAUCCAGCAGGACCGAGAGAUGGUGAUUCCCGUGGACCGGAAGCUGUCAGUCACGGGGCCCAACUCAACUCCGAUGUCUGGCAACUCCAUAAUUAACUCCCCCGCCCAGCCCCCUUUCGUCGGAACCUCCAUCCCCCUCGGCUACAGCCAGCUACAGCAGCAGGCCGCCUCCAUGACCUACAGCACAGCCGCAUCCAUCACCCCGGCCGCCCGCAUAGCGCAGGGCGUGGCCUUCUCCGGGGCGGGCACCUCGCCCGGAAACCCAGCCUCCUCCUCCUCGCCCAACCCGGGUGGCGUCAUGUCGCCCGGCUCUUUCACGGCGGCCGUGUACAGCCCACCCGUGCAGACGCCCCUUGCCGCCCGAACGUUCCAGUACGGAUCGCCCACGGCAUCCCAGCUGUCCCUGGUCCAGAUGCCCCCGCUGUCCACUGCCUCGAUGCCCCAACCAUCCCAGCAGCAGCAACCCCAACCACAGCCGCAGCCCCAGCAGGUGUCUCCCCAGAGGAAUGACAUCCACAAGAGUUCCCAGGGGCUCCACUCGGCCAGCCUCAGCCGGGACAUACGCCACCUCUCUGCCUCGCAGCCUUCUCUGCCCCACGACACCUCCAUGGCCAUCCGACCACAUCCCUCGUCCGGCGAAUCACUGGCCUCUGCCCAGCCUCCCGCCGGUCCCGCGCAAGCCGGCCCGACCCAAGCCGGCCCGGCAGCCUCAGGCUCCACCCAGCAGGCUGCCAUCCGCACCGUCCCGCAGAGGGUGGCCCUCUUCCGGCAGAUGUCAUCAGGAGCAUUACCGCCAGUGCGUGCGGCGCCCUCUACUGGUCCUCACAGGGAUUCUACGGGAUCCCGGAGAGAGUCAGCAGGCUCCAGCAGCAUAGAGACUGAACAAGACAAGAUGCGAUUUGCAUCAAAUUUAUGAUCCCAUGGUUUUUCCUUCAUUAUUUUUUAAAAAUGAUUUUGCUUCGUUUUUAUGGAGAAAUAGGAAAAAAGACUCAAGUAUUUUUGUUUUCCUCCAACUACUCUCUAAAAGAUAACCUCAUAGAUAUCCUGUACAGACUUCCCUUGUAUUAUAUUUUAGACACAUUUCCCCUUCAACUUAAGAAUGUAUAUUAUACAAAUAUAUAUGUAUGACUCCAACUAGAAUAUUUGUCAUUGACUACGUGAAAAAGACAGAAACACUAGCAGAAAUGCAAGUCUUCCUUUCUGAUGUAUCUGACAAACAUGUCAAAGUGAGUUUUUAUUUCUCCUGUAUUAAGUUAAUUUUUCAUUUGUCUUAUUUGUUUGUUUGUCUAAAUGGAAUGCAAUGGGAAACCAGGAGGUGACUUUUUAAAUUUUAUUUAUUUAUUUAUUUGGUUGUUUAUUUGAUUGAUUGAUUGAUUGAUUGUUUUUUACUUACAGACAAUGAUAAACAGGUCCAGCAGCUUUUGGCAUCACUGUGGAAAAACAACACGCAAACAAUACUGGGGUAACUACAAAACAUAUAAAUAAUACUGGGGUAACUGCAAAACAAACAACCAAUACUGGGGUAACUACAAAACAAACAAACAAUACUGGGGUAAUUACAAAACAAACAAAAAGAAAAAAAACAACACCAUGCAAAUGCAGAUUCUUGGGGAAGGUAGGGGCGUCCACAACCAUUGCAAUAAUGCGGGUGAGACUGUAGUUUCUGAAUCGCCCUCUGCAAUACCUUCUCUUGUUCAGUAACUAAAGUGUAGUGCUGAGACUGAAGCAGUGUUACUGGGUUGAAGGGGACACUUGCGGUAAGCCCCUUAGCUUUGGUUUUAGAGGGUGUGGCUUAAAAGAGGGUGUGGCUACUGGGAAAUGUUAUUUUCUAUUCCUGAUGUCUGGCCGAGAUGGACACAACGAAAUGUUACUGAACUACGUGUACAUUUAUAACAUUUAUAAACUAAAGAUUAUCACCAUUAUGCAAUAGACUGUGAUAUAAAGACAAACUAUAUGUGUGUUGUAAAUAGUUUUGUAGAUCUAGUAUUUACAGAAUAAUGUGUGGUGCAUUCUCAACCAUUCUAAUGUCUUACUGCUGUCUAAAG